AUGCCGGACUCUGACCGACGCACUCUUAGAGCCUGCGAUUCAUGUAAGAGGCGCAAAGUCCGAUGCAACGGCCAGUCCAGAUGCCAGCAAUGCACUCAUUCCGGCUUACCAUGUACAUACACAAGCAUCCCGUCAGAUCGCCCACGCAAGAAGAAUGUGCGACGAGGUACCGUCAUCGCUGAGUGCCGUGCACUAAAUUUACGACCUGGAAAAAGCGCCACCUUAUUAGCUCAUGCUGAGAAACUCAGCUUUAUGCCUUCAUCAACCGCAUCGAGUUUCAACCCGGCGUUCUUUAUCGAUCUGUUGGGUGAUUAUGAGCAGUAUGUGUUUCCUAUGAGCCCGGUCAUUCCUGCGGAAGAAAUCUGCGAAAUGAUCGGUCAAAUGGAUGGUGACAAAAAUAUUGCGAGCUUCGUCUACAUUUACGCGGCUGUAACGCUUGAUCUGACUCGUAGCGAGCCUGUUCAAGAGGCACCCGGGACACGCGACCGCAUCGCAACAUUACUCACACGCUCCCUUGAAUUACGUCGUCGGCCAACCCUCGACUCCCACGUAAGUAUCGUGGAUGUGAUGAGCGGUUUAUUCGCCGAAAUGGCAUUUGGCACUCUCCGCCGUCCAGAUCUGGCCUUCAUAUACCUUCGCGAAGCAAUUUCAUUACUCUACAUGCUCAAUGUUGAAUCGGAAGAAGCAUUGGCGAAUCUUGAUCCGGUUCAACGAGCGCGACUCCAACGCGCAUACUGGGAAUGUUUUGUCCAUGAAAGAUUCACGGCUUUGACAGAGAAUCGACCUCCUUGUUUGGGUCCGUUGAAAACACAUCCAGAUCAUGAUGGCACGCUACCUCCCGAUGUUGAAACAGGGUGGCAGCUUUGUAUUGACAACUUCCGUCUUGUCGAUAGGGAAUUUCUUGAUUUUUGGCUUGGAGGUCGCUCCGAAGUAACAGCUGAAUGGAUUGAAGAAAAACAGCGCCAUCUGGAGGAUGAUGAAUGGCAUUGUGAAGUCUCGCGGCUACCACAGAUGCAGCAGGCUGAUCUUGUCAUUACAAGGCACUGGCUGCGUACUCUUACGUGGCAGAUUGCCCUUUCGAAUACACUUUUGUCUUCAUUGCCUAGUUCUUCGCUUCUUCUUUCUCUUUCAUUUCCAUUGCGUCUGUCGAAUCAGCUUCGUCAAUUCUUGAUGACGAUUCCGCGCGAUCUUGUUGGAAUUCACGGCUCGGGAAUUUUGAAGAAGCUUUUUGAGAUUGCAAGUACGAUAACUGAUGUUGUGCUUAAUGUAACACAUGCGUCUGGUGAUGAGACGGUGCGACGAAUUCAUGAUAUCUUGUUCUUGAAGGACUUUUUGUUUUCGUUCACCGGGUUCCAGAACUUAUGGCCGGAGGUUUUGACACAAAAGUUCCAGCUAAUCCGCGAUAGAUACCCUGAGAUAAAGGAGAUGGAACUUCUCCGUUGA